GUGCCGCCGCCGCCGCUCUCGCCGCUCUGGGCGCCUCGUUGGCGGCGGCGUGGCCUGGGCCUGGUGGCGGGGCGGCAUGGACCGCAACCCCUCGCCGCCCUCCAGCGAGGCGGAGGGGGAGGAGGGCGACGCGGUGGGCGGCACGGUCUACAGCAAGCACUGGCUCUUUAGCAUCCUCACCCGCCUCAUCGAGGUCAUUAGCCCCGAGCAGGGCGAGCCCGGCGUGAGCCGCGAGGGCGAGCAGACGGAGCUGGACGAGGAGAUGGAGAACGACAUCUGCAAAGUGUGGGACAUGUCCAUGGACGAGGAUGUUGCUUUAUUUCUUCAAGAGUUCAAUGCCCCCGAUAUAUUCAUGGGAGUUUUUGCCAAGUCAAAAUGUCCUCGCCUUACUGAAAUCUGUGUGGGAAUACUGGGAAAUAUGGCUUGUUUUCAAGACAUAUGCAUGUCCAUUAGCAAAGAUGAGAAUCUUGGCCAAGUGUUAUUGCAACGUUUGUGUGAUUCAGACUCUCCAACUCUUCUGGAAACAAGCAGGUUGCUGUUAACUUGCCUCUCCCAACCUGAGGUGGCCAAUGUCUGGGUUGAGAGGAUUCGAGAAAGCCCUUCUGUCUAUGACUGUCUUUGCUUUAUCAUGUCAAGCUCUACAAAUGUUGAAUUGCUGGUAAAAGUGGGUGAAGUGGUGGACAAACUCUUUGAUCUAGAUGAAGAGCUAAUGUUAAACUGGAUUAAAAAUGGCACUUGUCAGUCCAUGGGACCAUCUAUAGAUGAUUCCCCUGAAGAACUUCCAGAUUUUAAGAUUGUGCCUUGUAUACUUGAAGCAGCCAAACAAGUCCGCUCUGAUAAUCCAGAAGGACUUGAUGUCUAUAUGCAUAUCUUGCAGCUCCUAACCACGGUGGAUGAGGGCAUUCAGGCUAUUGUGCAGGCUCCUGAUGGAGGAAAAGAGACUUGGAGUUUGCUUUAUGACCUAGUUUGUCAUGAACUCUGCCAACCAGACGAUCCAGCGAUCAUUGUUCAGGAGCAGAAAACUGUAUUGGCCUCUAUUUUGUCUGUAUUGUCUGCUAUGUUUGCUUCACAGACGGAACAAGAAUACAUCAAGAUGAGGAAAAAUAUGCCUCUGAUUGGGAGCUUGAUUCGUAUCUUACAAUACAUGGAAGGCUGUGGGAAGAGAUCUGUGGAUGACUCAAAGAAAUCCAAACAAGAUGAAACUGGAAAGGCAGAACUGCAUGAGGAAGAUUUCCAUUUGAAAAUUUUGAAGGAUAUCUGUUGUGAACUACUUUCUAAUAUGCUUCAAGAGCUGACCAAGGAAAAUAUAUUAGAAGGACUAAACCAGGGACAUUUAAAUGAACAGACAUGUUCCUGUGCAUUUCAGAACCUCUUGCCUCUGUAUUUCACAUCGGUGGAGAGCUUCCUUGAAGUAUUGCGUGAAGCUGAUCAGACACUUGCUGACAAUCUAGAAAAGCGUUUCCCAAGCCUGAAGGUCCACACCUAAGAGUGUACAUGGAAUAUUUUUCCGUCUUUGGAAUGAAGAUUUUUGACUGUUUCUUUACAGUGUUUUAGAAGUCAAAUUUUCAGUAAGUGCAGAAGAAUAAGGCAAUGUCCUUACCAGCAGAUGGCUUUUAAGAUAUAUUCCAGGUAGCCCAGAUUAAUCUAGGGUUAAUCUGGACUGCGUGGGGAAGGAAGUUAUUGUAAGUUUAGUUCUGCCUCUUCCAUCUUGUUUGCUGUGGUGAUGAGAGACUGUUGAUUGGUAGUUGCUCUUCUGCAGAGUAGCAUUCUUUGAAUAACUCUUGAUCCUGUGCUUUCCAGCUUAGGUUGGAACAGUGAAAUGAAUGAAAUGCACUGAGUAUAGUGUUUUAACAUGAUACUGGCCUUUUCCAAGUUGUUGGCAGAAGGAGGGUUGAUCAGUGGGAAGUCUCAGAUGUCCUCUGGUUAACAGGACAUUGUCUUCAAGCGCCUGAUUAAAAACAGAGUUAAAUUACACAGGGAAGAGACUUAAAGUUGUAGGGCAGGUUUAGAUUUAAUCCCUGGCAUACUUGCAAACUCUCUGCUUUAUCUAAGCAGUCUGUGCUUUGGUUUGGGAAUAAAACAUGUAUCUGACAGUUGUUUCCUCAUUCAUGUGUUCUAAGAAUUAUCUGUGAAUGACAUUAGGAAUGUCAUUUUAGCCUGCGAUUUUCAGGGGAGUUUAAGGUAUUGGCUCGCUUGUGGUCAGUGAAUUCGAUGUACAGUCUUCUCAAAAUCCCACUAUUAACUGUGUUACAUUUGAACUACAUUUUAGCUACAUUACAUUUUUACAUCACUUCCCUGCAUGCAAUGGAGCUAACAUUCUUUUCUAUGUCUAAAAAGAUGCUUUAACCAUACAGCAGCUCCAGCUGCUUCUAUAAAUUAGUGUGGAAAACAGUUGGUCUUUAUUAUGUUUGAGAAGUGAAGGAAAAUGGGAGCCAGAGCACAGAGAAUAACUUAAUAACAUACAGACACAUUCCCCUGCUAUCCAGGAUUUUAUAGGCUUUAAAUAUUGUGCUGGGCCAUGUUUUGUUUGCCCUGAGUUACAUGUACAUGUGGUAAGAUACAGUAUCUGUAUAUGUAUAUAGCCUUUUCAUCCAAACUUCUGGUUUUCAAGUUAAUCUUCCCCUUGGUCUGCCAAUGACCUCUUAGUUGUUGGCAGGGGAUUUAGAAUUAGAAAUAUCUGACUUGUGUCAUCAAAAAGAAUUGCAAUGGUUUCUAUCAAUUUUUGUAUGCUAUGUUUAUUGGAGAAAACUGGUAACUGUGAAUAGGAUGACAGCAUUUUCAUACUACUUUGACAGUUUUUGGAUAUUUUCUUAAACCUACAGAUUUGUAAUAAAGUUUCUUUAAAAAAAACUGUAUGUUUUUCUUCAUUUUAAGUGUCAAUUAAAUUUAUGUUUUGAGCCACUGGAA